UAAGGAAUGAAUGAUUUGUUGUUUUACAAUUUUACAAUUUUUUUUUACAGUUGAAUCAUUGGAAUCACAGUGGUCUUUAAUAAACAAAAGAAAGAAACACAGAAGCUCGUGCACCGGUGUCUGAUAUAUGCCUGUAAUGACUCUGGGGCUGCUGCAAUGGACCUUCAGUGUUUUAAUGAUCCUCAUCAUCUUUCAGAGUGUUUGUCUCAUCUUCAACACAACCAACUCACAGGACAGCAGGGAUGAAGUGACAGACACGCUCCACCAGUUUCACUGUGCCAAACUCCGAGCAAAGUUUUCUGUCAUCCGACCGGCAAAGAGUAUUAAUAUCAAUAAAUUCACUCAGGAAGUGUCAGAUUUGAUGAACUGCCCUUACACGCCAAACAUAAUCGAGCGGGAACUAAACAGGGUCAAUCUGAAGUUUUGUUGUAAUGCCACAGAAAAUUUAUUUCUUACCAAGCACAACACAGCUGUCAAUCAAGAGAUUCAGUAUGAAAACAAUAUUAAACGAAUACACAAAAUGGAUGCAAAACUUCACAGGAUGUUGCCUGAGGGCAUUCCCUGGAUUUCUGGUGGUUUGGGUCGCUGUGCUGUGGUGGGAAGCGGUGGGAUUUUACAGAACAGUAGCUGUGGACAAAAGAUUGACAGUGCAGACUUUGUCAUACGGUUUAAUUUGGCGACUCUUAAUGUCAGUGAUGUUGGUGUGAAGACGAAUCUAGUCACCAUUAAUCCCAGUCAGAUUGAGAAAAAUUACAGAAACCUGGAGAAAAACGCAAGUUCACUGGUGGAACGAGUCCGUGUGUACGGGAACGCUCACCUCAUUAUCCCGGCCUUCGCCAAAGUGUCCAACACCAAGUGGUCUCUCCAGACUCUUCGGGCCCUUCGGCCGUUCAGACCUCAGCAGCCGGUCGUGUUCUUCAGUCCCUCUUACCUGCGGACGUUGGACCGGUUCUGGAAGGAGCGUGGCCUGAAGGAGAUCCGCCUCUCAACGGGGUUUAUGAUGAUCAACGUGGCAUUGGAGCUGUGCCAGGACGUGGACGUUUACGGAUUCUGGCCGUUCGACACAGACUUUCAGCUGCGGCCGCUUCCUUACCAUUAUUAUGAUGAGAUUCGCCCGAGCCGCCACAUGCACGCCAUGCCGGAGGAGUUCAUGCGUCUGCUGCAGAUGCACAGCCAGGGGGCGCUGACAUUACACCUGCAGCAGUGCUCUUAACAAAUACACAUUAACAUCCUAAUGCAUCUCUACCAAACCUGAAGGGUUCACGCACAUUCAUCUGUUUACUGUUUAAGUGCUGAACACUCGAGACUUCUGGUGCUUUUAAAUUAUAUUAUGCCCAUUUUUACAAGAUGUAAUACAAGUCUCAGGCGCAUCUGCACGUACACACACACACACACACUGGUAUUCCUAUCUUUUUUUGUCUGUUUGUUUGUUUAUUUAUUUGUUUGUUUGUUUCUGAUGAUGGUGAAUCUGAUAACACAACUAAA